UCUCUGCCCAGAGUUAGGCGCCGUCGUCGUCCCCCGACGAGCUGUCGACAUGAGACGCCUUCGCCGUAGGUCGUUCAGAUCAACGUGAUCCUCGACUGGGAGAGUAGAAGGCCCGGGGGCGUCUCCCAAGGCCAGCCCCGCGGUAGAUGUAGGAUCCUCCUGCUCCUUUCUUACAAGGAGGAUCAAAUAGCUGAUACUGUGGACAUUUAGGAUAUGUCUACACUUACCCUUUAAAGCUCAAAAAGUCCCUUGUUUGCGCUAAAACUCUGGGAGCGUCUAUGCUUGUUAAUGACUUUUUGCCUUGAAGUAAACCACCUUCGCAAGAGGCAUACAGCUCUUACCGCUGUUUUUUAUGUGCUGCUGUGAAAGUGAAGACACGUUCUAGCAGUGUAAACACCCUUUGGCCUCCGGAGGAUAUCCCACUGUUCCAAAAGCGAACACCCUGGCCAGCUGCUCUGACGCAUGGACAUCCGCCCCUCCACCUGAAUGUCUGAAAGUCAAGGGACAAAUAGUGGAAGCCACACCAGCAAGAUUGGUUCCAACAGUGGUAGCUCUGCUGUGUGCUUUGGACAGAACCAGUAUACAGCAGAUGAAUACCAGGCCAUUCAGAAUGCCCUGCGUCAGAGGCUGGGUCCGGAGUACAUCAGCAGCCGGCAGGCUGGUGGAGGACAGAAGGUUUGUUAUAUUGAGGGUCACAGGGUCAUCAGUCUGGCCAAUGAAAUGUUUGGCUAUAAUGGCUGGGCUCAUUCAGUCACUCAGCAGAAUGUUGAUUUUGUUGAUCUCAACAAUGGCAAAUUCUAUGUGGGAGUUUGUGCAUUUGUGAAAGUCCAACUCAAGGAUGGGUCGUACCAUGAAGAUGUGGGUUACGGAGUGAGUGAAGGCCUGAAAUCUAAGGCGUUGUCCCUAGAAAAGGCAAGGAAAGAAGCAGUGACAGAUGGACUGAAGAGGGCACUCAAGUGCUUUGGAAAUGCUCUUGGGAACUGCAUCCUGGACAAAGACUACCUGCGAUCAGUGAAUAAACUUCCUCGUCAGCUGCCUCCUGAGUUGGAUUUGGCCAAAGCAAAAAGGCAAGACUUUGAGCCUGCAAUAGAGAAGGCUAGAUACAGUAGCUGUCUGCAGAAGCAGAGUGCAGGGCAACCCCAGCACUGUGAGAGCCUGUCCCCACGCAAACCUGAACAGGAGGCGGCUUCCUUAAGCACAGCUGAGCAGGAGCAGCAAAACAGCUCCAGACAUAACAUCACCUUAGUCUGUGGGAGUGAUGCUACUUACCAGCGGAAGUUACGACAGAAGCAGCUUCAGCAGCAGUUCCGGGAGCAAAUGGAGAAAAAACAGCUGGCAGUAGCCAAUCCAGUCAGCAAACAGGCAGCCUCUCAUCCCUCACUGGUGAAACACAGCACUCCAGCAGCAGCACAACAGGAGCCAACUGCAGAAGAGGAGUUCUUUGCAGAUGACCCUGAGCUUUGGGACAUUCCCCUAGAGACCACUACUCUCAGUGAUACGGAGAGCCACAAAAAAGGAGCUGUAGCAGCCCAGGCUCCUGCAACGCCUCUUGGACACUAUCACAUGAUGACUCGCAGCAGGACCCCUCAAACAAUGAACCCUAAGAAACCACAUGAGAGAUCUGCACAAUGGCAGGUGUCCCCUAGGCACUGGCCUUACAGCCCCUCUUCCAACCAAGGUGCCCCAGCAGAGUGCAGCCCAUACAGGAAGAGCCAAGGUAUGAAGAAAAGGAAACUGGAACCCUCCUAACAGACAGGACAGCACCUGAAGUGUUAGUUUCCUCGUGAUUAUUUGAGCAUUACAACCAUAUUUUCAGACGCACAUCUCAAGAAACUGUUUAAACACAAGAAAAUCAGUGCAUUAGAUCCAUGACUUUCAUGCAAUGCUAAUCAUUGACAAUCUUCUGUCAUAACUCUUUACUUACUUUAGCCCCUCAUAAUGUGCUUGAUGUCCCCUCUUGUGGUUAAAAAGUUUGAUGCAUUAUUUCUUCCUGAGUGAAGCAGUUGGGGAGCCUGCCCAGUGCCAGGGCCUGUUAUUUUAACUCCUUCGGAAUGACAUGAAACCUAACUCUACUCCCUGCAGAUAACUGAAGGAUGCCCUACUACUUUGCAUUUCAUUAGAGGGAGUAGUUUCCUUUAAUGUGGAUAGCAUUCGGUAAGAUCAGAUCCUGGAAAGAAUUAUUUGAAUGGAGAUUUUAGUAUGUGGCUGGAUGUGUUACAAAGGACUAAAAUUGACUAGUUCUUUUUAGGUACUUGUGUUUUUAUAUUAAACUUUAUCCCCUUUUCUUACAGAAAAAUGUGAAUAAACAUGCAAAAUCAGAGUAUUAGUUGAAGAAUCUCAUUUGUAACUGUGCGAGGGGGCAGCAGCAUGUUUACUUGGAAGAUAAAACAGUCACCAGGGCAGGGGACAUAUUCCUGUCAUAGUAACACCUCAUGGUUUAAUGCAACUCAGUUAAAACUCACUUCUGUCUUCCUGAAGAAGAAAGCAAGUCUGUACCAUAACUUUACAAGUGAAACUGAAAACUCAAUCCCUAACCAAGAUGUCAAAUCCCAUUUUAUAAUUCUGAAAUCUACAGUGAUCAGAGAAUCUAAAAUAACUAAUGUAUUUAGACAGCAGUAAUGUGAAGAGAGCAAGAGAGAGCAAUACUGACAAUCAGUGGCAUGAGUUUACACCUCUAAGAGGUAGGCAGAAGGGACAACAAACAGCUGUAGAGCAAGGUGGUUAUCACCCUCUCUCGUACCUUCAUUCUCACUGGAAGUGCAGCUGUGGUUAAUUCUGAGCCCUUAGCACUUGACCAAUAAGAGGUAAAUGAAAAAGAGCAACCUUUGAGUAAGGAGGAAGUACAGGUUAAAACCAAAAAUCAGUCUAGCUUAGUUAAAAGGGAAGAUUACUCUCCUAAAGUGACAAGGUGUAAAAGUGAUCAGAUGCUUCAAUUCCAGUUGAAGGGGGGGAAAGGAGUAUCACUAACCUAAAUGGGAUGAACUUAAAGUUCCAAUCAUAGUAACAUUAGUGCCAUAUGUGAAACAGUAACUUGUCCAGCAAUAAUACAAGUACAGGAACAAUGCUAUGAGCAGCCAGUGGGGAAGAGGUUGAGCAGUCCAUCUUUCUACCUCAUGUCAUUUAUGCAUAUGUGAAUAAUUUGGACUGAUUUAGUGAGUGCUUUGUGCUCCUCUGCGCCGCAGCUGCUCCCAUUACACAUUUCUCCUUUCAAUAUCUACCCAUCCUCAUGGUUCUCUCCCACACAUAUACUUCCUACCUCUCAAAAGCAGUAAGUUUCCAGCAGGAAACUAGUUGUAGGAGUGAGUACAGGCAAAUGUCUUCAGUAGCCCACACUUUACUGGCAGAAGCUCUCUCACAUCCAACACAUCUUCCUAGAAAAUUCAGCUAAUUCUGGAACUCUUUGUAGUUGGCAGUAUGUCUAUAGAGAAUUCAUAAAACCUGAGUACAGCUGAAGUUGACCAGUCUUAUUUAGCAGUUCACUACUACAGCCUUUCUGGGAUCACCACAGCUCUGGGAGGAGAAUGCCUGUGUCAACAACAAAAUCUCAGUAUUUGACAAUAGUGUGAGUUCACACAUCCACACUGUUGAAAUAAGACAGCACUUUUGUUAGAAAGGGAACUUGCAGAGAGCACCUGUGGGCAGUGCAAGAUUAGCCAAGGAAUAGUGUGGUCAACAAUAGGAGUUCAACAAUGUUCAGAACCUGAGUCUAAGGACCAGGCUCCUGCAACUGUGGUCUGACCCUGGCCACAAUACAGGGGCAUUGUUGUGAUGCAGAUAUAGAGGGAAGUGUCCCAUCUCAUUGUAUCACCUGUACACCUUGCUCCUCCUUAGAGGACUUUCAGUAUGUAUGCACAAGACUUGCACUUGCUUGAUUUGAGUUCUUACACGACCACAGCUUGAGAUGGUAUGAAUCAAAACAGAAGUCGUUUUUAAAAGAAAUUCACUAAUUGUUACAAAUGAAGUUUUAGAAAGCCAAAAAAGCUUUCUCCAGCCAAAGCCUCUCCACAAGACAAAUCUUGAUUAACAGUGCCUCUUCUGGAUCAAAUCACUGAAAUGCCCACCUAAAUCAGGGCCUCAAGGAGGACUGAAGUGAGACACAGAAUGAGUCAGCGUAUUGUCAGUUUAGCUCCUCAACUCCAGUACCCCCUCCUAGUUCCCACAAUGGCUCCUUGAAGAGGGCCCUCAAACAAACAAACAAAAAAAACCAUCUGCCUUUUGGCAGUAGCCAGAAGUCUUUGGUAUAGAAUCAUUCUGGGCUCUGUUCCAGUAAGUUUCCUCUCUCGCCAUUGCUGAGAAGGAUGGGGAUGGGGCACAGCAACAGAGAAAGAAGAGCAAAACUAACUGCAGAAAGGAGAUUUUUCAGAUUCAUAGACUUUAAGGUCAAAAGGGAUCAUAAUAUAGUCUGACCGCCUGCACAUUGCAGGCCACAGAACCUCACCCACCCACUCCUAUAAUAGACUGCUAACCAAAUUACUGAAGUCCACAAAUCCUGGUUUAAAAGACUUCAAGUUACAGAGAAUCCACCAUUUGCACUAGUUAAAACCUGCAAGUGACCCGUGCCCCAUGCUGCAGAGGAAGGCAAAAAACCCCUCAGGGUCUCUACCAGUCUGACCCAGGAGAAAAUUCCUUCCUGACCCCAGAUUUGGUGGAUCAGUUUGUCUUUCCCACAUGCUUAGGGUCUAACCUCUUUUCAGCAGAUACAGACUCCUCUUUGGUACAGAAAUGCCAAGAGGCAGCAUAAAACCUUUAGAAAUUAGCUAGUAUCCAAUUUACAGUAAACUGGGAAACUUGCCAGUUCUCAAAAAAGUUAUGAAUGAGUAUAACCUAAGAAAACACCACCAGGAGAAAGAUUCUCAUUGCUGCAUGUCAAAAAAAAA